AUGCCCGCUGCACGUCCGCGGCCUCCUCGGCGCGCCGUCGUGGCUCACCGCGCCGCGUCCCUUGUGGUGACGUUCCCGGCCGCCGCGGCCUCCAUGCCGUCGUGCCGCGCCUCCACGCCGCCGCGCCAUGACGCAUCGUUGCCUCCGUGGCCUCCGCGCUCGCCGCACGUACAACAUCACCGCCCGCUGCCUCCGCCACGCGCCAUGACAGCCUCAGCGCCGCCCACCUUCAUAGGCCGACACACGGACCGAAACUCCAUCGCGCAGCCGCCGGCGAGCGCCGCCAUCGCUGUCAAGCCUCCGGAUCCAACCGAUUCACCAGACAUGCAGCUGGCUAACUUGGCCGACUCGCUCGUCACGGCGAUCGACGCAGCCAUGCACCGGGGUCUGCUGUUAGUUCAAAAGAUUGCUGCAGAGCACCAUGGUUCUGAUUUUGUUUUUGUGGAAGAGCCAAAUGCUAAAGAGGAACUGUGGAAGAUCAGGAAGGAGGCACUUUGGGCUGGUUUUGCCAUGGAACCUGAUCGUCAAGCUAUGAUAACGGAUGUUUGUGUUCCAUUGUCUGGACUUGCAGAAUGCAUAUCUGUAUCUAAGCAACUACUUGAUGCAUCACCAUUGACUUGUUUGGUUAUCACCCAUGCCGGUGACGGAAAUUUCCACACAUUUAUCCUAUUUGAUCCAAGCCAGGAGGAAGAGCGAAGGGAAGCAGAGAGACAAAACCAUCUCAUGGUUCAUACUGCUCUGUCCAUGGAAGGUACAUGCCCAGGAGAUGAUGGUGUUGGCACGGGAAAAAUGAAGUACCUAGAGAAGGAGCUGGGGAUGGAGUCAAUGAGGACGAUGAAAAGGAUAAAGGCCACGCUGGAUCCCAACAACAUCAUGAAUCCAGGAAAGCUCAUCCCACCCCACGUCUGCAUAUGACCAACUAAGUGCCUAAUUCCAGCUUUUUUUUGAAAGGAAUGUCUCGUGGCUCUUUAUUGCAAUAAGUUGAUGGUUACAUCGUUAAUUACAAGGGGCAUAAUAAACAUGGGUGGAUCACCAUCCCAGAAAACAGUAGAAGUUGAAU